CCUUGGUUAUCGCUUGCUCCCCGCAUAUCCACCCCAACCUCGACUCCUCCAAUUCCAAUAUCACAUCAUCAGCCAUGCAAUUAGGACUCUCCGAGAACCUGUCCGCGCUGGUCGCGCGACGGUUCACCGCUGCCAGAGAUGGCGGGCAUCUUAUAUUCUCGUCUACCCACUUGUCAAUAAUCACUACAGCAGGGAUCCCGUACCAACUCCGCUAUUGCCCUGCUCUUGCUAUGAAGCCUCAAGAUCUCAAGAAAUCCGUAUCUUCAGGCCCUAAACCUCCCAAAGUUGACCCCUUCGAGAACCCUUCCCCGGAUCUUCUCCUCGCAAGCUUCCCCCCACAAAAUCCGACCCACGCCCUCGUCCUGAACAAAUUCCCCGUGAUACCGAACCACUUCAUCCUAGCCACAAAGACCUGGAAAGCACAAACAGACCUCCUCGAAACCGCCGACCUCGAAGCAACGUACGAAUGCCUCCGCUCCUGGACCGACGGCUCUUCUACCACUUCGACUAAUGACAACCCCAACCGCCUCUUCGCCUUCUUCAAUUCCGGCGAAGACAGCGGCGCCAGCCAACCACACCGCCACCUCCAAUUCCUCCCUGUAGAGGCAAUGCACCAACCGGGCACCGAAUCGUGGACUCCCCUCAUUGACCUCCUCACAACACAACCGCACACGUCCCAAUCCUUCCAAUCCCACCCCUCCCUCCCAUUCACACACUUCGCCCUCCCCCUCCCGAAGAACCCAACCCCAGAAACCCUCCACGCCAUCUACAUCGCCCUUUACCGCGCCGCCCUCGGCGCAGUGCAGGGCCGAGAACAGCGCGACGGCCUCCCGUCCAUCACGACCCAUGGGCCUUCCGCUAUCAGUUAUAAUCUCGCGAUGACCCUCGAGACGAUGAUGAUUGCCCCGCGACGUGCGGAAACGGCUCGUGUACCGGUAGAUAUUGCCGCGGCGGGGGAUAUUGCGGACCCCGGGGUUGUUUCGUUGAAUGGGACUAUUCUUGCAGGGACGCUGAUGGUUAAGGCCGAGGGGGAGUGGGAUGUUUUGAAGGCCCAGCCGGAGGUUUUGGGGAGGUUGUUGAGGGAUGUUGGUAUACCUUGGACGGGGCAUGCGUCAUUGUAGGAAGAUUUAGAGUGGGGUAAGGGGGGAUUGUAUAUUGUAUGCGGGGGUGGGCAUUCAUGGUGUUUGUAUUAUUGAAGAAUUGAUUCUUGAUUGUAUUGUUUAUUGAAGACGUACAUAUGACGGGCUUUCAC